CUAAUUCACGCAAACAAAGUUGCGAUUUUACCACAAAAAAAGAAGAAAGAAUCAAAACAAAAUCGUCAAUUUCGCCAACACCAAGGAACCAAUCCAGUCGCAGCCGCGUCCCAUGAGUGCAAACCUGAAGAACAUCAAGCUGGCCCACUUCGGCGGUCCGCCCGGUUCCAGUGGCUUUGGCAUAUCGGCGUCCUCCGGAGGCGCUGGAAAACUGCCCACAAAUGGCACGGGCGGCGGCAAAUCCGCUCCGCCCAGCUCCUUCACGGAGGCCGAGGUGCUGGCCACGCCCGGUGGCGUCGUUAUACCCAUAAUCCGCACCCGCGACGUGCCCAAGCUGCUGCCCACCAUUGCCAAUGCACUGCAGCGUCCAGCGGAUGAUCAUCUAGCCGCCGAGGAUCUGGAUGCAGUGCAACUGGAGCUAGAGCAGAUGCUCUCCAAUGUAGCGCUGCGCACGCGUGUCCUGAAGGCGGAGUACGAUAGCCUGGACAAGGAUGAGAAGCGCCAGGAUCGCCGAAAGCUGGACCGCGUCCCGGGAUCGCCUCCUUGCCCGGCCAACAUGCUUAACGGCCUACUCGGCGUCGGCAGCAACUCCUCCACGAGUCUGGGCAGUCCCCUCGGCGGUGGAGGUGGCGCUUCCUCCUCCAGUCAAUCGAAGCGAAAACGCGAAGAGCCCACAGGCGUACGCAAGAAGCACUCCUCGAUGACCAUCCUAAAGCAACAGGGCGUCUCCGGCAGCUCCUCGAAGCACCAGGCCAAGAACAGCCCCUUGGCCGUCCACACCGAUGACAGCAUGGACUAUCUGCCCACCUUGGUGGCGGCCAACGCCUCUGGUUCCGUGCUGCCGCACCACCAGCCGUUGCCUCAGCUGCCCAAGGUGGCGGUGCCCAAGAACGACACACCCAACAAGUUCUGGCUCUCCGUAGAGCCCUACUGCAUGCCGCUGACAAACGAGGAUCUGCGCUUGAUUGACGAUCUCUUGGAGCAGUAUCGGGGUCCGCUGGUGCCGCCAGUGCCCACGCUAGGUCCCCACUACUCCACGGCAUGGGCCCAGGAGGAUAUGAAGGCACUGCAGCCGGGCGGAGCACGCCUGAAGUCGAACAGCGCCAGCGGGAUGAUCAAGAAGGCUGAAGGAAUGGUGGAGGAGAGCAUCACGGGUCCGCUGACCCAGCGCUUGGUUUCCGCCCUGAUGGAGGAGUCGCUAAUGACGCUGCCCAGCGAACAGGCGGCGGUGGGGGAGCACAGCAACAGCACGACGAGCAGCAGCAACGAGAACACCCACUCACACUCGUCCUCCUCGGCAAAUGCAGCCGCAGCGGCUGCUUCCGGCAACUUCCGAUCACUCGCCAUGAUGAAACAUGGCGUGGGCAUCGAACAGCGGCUGAAGAAGACGCUCAUAGAGAACGGACUGAUCGAUGCCAAUGAGUUGGCGGCUCACGAGGACGUGGACGAGGUUCUGCUGGAGAUCAAGCGGGUCACUACAGAAAUAAGCUCCAUUUCUCAGUUCAAUAGUGAGGAAUUGAAGCGACUUCGUUCCGCCGCCAGCGAGGAGAUCAAGCGAAUAGCCAUCAAGCGGAAAUUGGACACGGUCGACCAGGAGAUACUCGAGUGCUACAAGCGAAUGCUGCAGUAUCGGGCCAAGCGCAAGGGUCACACCAUCGAGGAGAAGCAGGAGAUCCUGCGGCUGACCAACGAGCAGCGCCUGCUGGCGGAUCAGCUGGAGCGCAUGCAGAUGCAUCUGCCGUGCAUCGGCGGCGCUGGAGGCUCUCUGAUGGAACCCAAGAUGUAGGACAGGACCCUGGCCUGGGGCUGGUGCCAGCUAAUGGCCAUGCAUCAGGCAAAGAGGCAGGUCCGGGAGGCUAGCCUCAAGCUGCAGUGUGUCUGAAAGGAACCCUCCUCCUCCGUCUCGACUUCUUCCUGUACAUUAGCAUGUAGCGAACAAACCCAAGGAGUGGAUGGUUAGAAUAAGGGGCUGCAUAGUACCAGCACUUGGUCUUCAAGUCUUUUCUAACAACUUCCUACCCCGUAUUCUUAUCUUUGUCGCCAGACUGUACAUUAGCAAAGAUAUAUACCUUAUAGUAUGUAGUGUUCAAGAUUAAAGUGAAUUUAAUGGUUAAGAUAAGAUGUUCAAGUGGCGGAUAUUAAUUUUUGGUCAAUUCUAAGCUGUUCCUUUACGAAAGCGCUGGAUUUUCUAACUGUAAGAGUAACCUUUUUUAGCUUAAACACAUUUUAAAAUGUAUUUUAACUGCCUGGAACAGCUCUUCCUAACUUAUUUUCUAAUUGCUGAACAUAAAUUAAUAUGAAAUAGUUAAAGCAUCCAAAGAUUUCACAUGCUGGAUUUGUCUUUGUAAAUAGAGAUGGAGCAUUUUUGUUUGCCUAAUUUGAGAAUUACCCACAAAUUACUAUCCGUCCCUAUAAAUCGGAAGCUUUUUUUUUUGUUUUUCACAACUAUAAAUAUUGAUCCACCCUAUUUAUCACUCCCAAGUACGUACACUUUGUAUAGCUUAAGUUAUCGCGCGGCAAUAAAGUUGUCACUAUCGAGAGUAAA